AUGUCGACGACCGCCAAGUUGACUCUCGCGACAACAACGCUGGGUGCCAUUGGCAUUGUCAUCUUCGUGCAUCGGCAGCAGCAGCUUGACAAAGCUGCAAUGCAUCAAGGCGUCAUACGUGACAUGGAGCAGCAGCGCAUUAAGCGGGAGAGACAGCUUGACUUCGAAAUGCAACGCCAACUCGAGGAGGAGUACAAGAAGGUGCAGACUGUCAGCGAC